GCUCAAAAUCAGUGCAGUAGUACCCAUUUCGACUGGGAUAUAAGGUCCACUCAGGAUUGCCACAGUCCUUUGAAGGAUAUCUUGCUUAAUAUCAUCUGUCACGACAACUUGAUUUGCAUAGGCUUAAAACUCAACAGAAUGCGAUAAGUUUGCCAGUUGACAUUAGGCUGAUGAAAUAACAUACCUCUGUUCACCAAUCCUGUGGAAAUCAUGUGUACUGAAUAAGACUGGACAGGUAGAGAGAGGGAGUAAUAGUGCCAGACCUGGUAACCAUCAACAAACUGGGACAGGACAACUCCAAACAGCAUGGAGACUGAUGCAGAGGAACCAGGUUGGCAUGGACCUGAUCGCACAAUGCCUGCAUGGAACUCCUCUUCAGCUCCCUUCCGCGAAAACAGUGGACUGAACAGUUCGUAUGGUGGCGGAUAUUAUUUCUGGCUGCUUCAGAACAGCUCAGCGGUGACCACUAAUGCCCCACUUGCAGCCAGGGUGCGGGACAUGGCACUGGCGCAGGUGGAGAUUGGCGUCCUGAGCCUGGUCCUGGCGCUCACCACACUGAGCAACAGCUUUGUGCUGUGGGUUCUACUGCGGAGGCGCAAGCACAAUGCUCCCAUGCACCUAUUCAUGGUUAACCUCUGUGUAGCGGACUUGGUGGUAGCCUUUUUCCAGGUUCUCCCUCAGCUGGUGUGGGAUAUUACAGAGAAGUUCCAGGGGCCUGAUGCGCUGUGCCGCUCAGUGAAAUACAUGCAGAUCGUGGGCAUGUUCGCAUCGUCCUACAUGAUAGUGGCUAUGACAGUGGACCGCCAUUAUGCUAUAUGCUGCCCCCUUCAGGCCUACAGGCUAGGGGCAGUCUCACGCUGGAACACACCCAUCAUGGUGGCCUGGGGUCUGUCUCUUGUGCUUAGUGUACCGCAGGUGUUCAUUUUCUCCAGGUCUGAAGUAGCUCCAGGGGAAUUUGAGUGUUGGGGACACUUUGCCGAGCCAUGGGGUCUGAAAGCCUAUGUGACAUGGAUGACUCUGGCUGUCUUCAUCCUUCCGACCUUUAUCAUCACAGUUUGUCAGGUGCGAAUUUUCAGGGAGAUCCAUGACAACAUCUACCUGAAGUCGAAGCGGGUGGUAUCAACUGACUCAAAGAAAAAUGUCAUCUUCCGCAUGCCCAGCCUGCGAAAUCAAAAAGACAAAACAAGAGAAAAGGAGAGAGGAAGAGGAUCCGUGUCGAGAGAUUCCCGAAGAGGAUUUCAUCGAAGGAACAAGAGCGACUCAUCCCAGUCAUACUGCAAUGCCUGCAACUCCCAGCAUGCACUGCAGCCAGACUGCUGCAAUGGUCCCUUUCAGGACAGCCAGGGUGGAAAUGAGCUACAGUACAACACUCAGUCCCCUGAUGUACUGCCUCACACACUCUCCCACACACACUCUCCCAUAAAUCAGAGCAACUCCGCACCUCAUAUGAGGUCUGGGCCUCUUCCUGAAGGCACUGCUGAUUGCUACCGGACUUCACUGGAUUAUUGUGAGCCCUGUGCUAAAUCAUUUGAGGCCCCUGCAGAGAUUUGCAAUCCAGUCCCUCCUAUCCGGGUUUCGUCGUCCAUUUCGCGGCCCGUGACUUCUCCACCGCCAGGUGUGUCCAGAGCGAUGUCCAAAACACUGAGGAUGACUCUGGUCAUAGUGUUGGUUUAUACCAUGUGCUGGUCACCCUUCUUCACAGUGCAGCUUUGGGCUGCUUGGGACCCAAACCCACCAGACCAUGGGGUGGCCUUCACAAUCCUGAUGCUGCUGGCCAGCUUGAACUCCUGCACGAACCCCUGGAUCUACACAGCCUUUUCCAGCAGCAUCUCUCAUGAACUUGUCUCCCUUUUGCAUUGUCGGCCUCGAAUCACCCAUAGGGGUUCCCUACCUGAAGACUCCAGUGCCAUACACACUACCAGCACCACCAAGGACUACCCGUUCUGAGCCACUCACAUACGUGUGUUACAUGGGUGAGCAGACUUACAGUGGAUUCAAGCCAAGCAGUAGACAAAAGAAGAGGAGAUAUGGGGACUGGAGAGAUUUGUUUCUGGGAGAUACUUUUGAAGCGAUUGGAAUAAUCACAUUGUAGAGUAUACCACACUGACAGUAGAACAUGAAUAGGAACUGAAGAACAUGAUCAUGAUGUGAACAUGCGUAUAAAUGUUCCAUCAUGCCCACAAAACAUGGAGAUACUUGAGAUGUUUCAUUCUAAACUUAUGAUGAGCGUAUAGUUACUCCUCUAAAACUAAACUAAAUAACAUUUCAAAGAACUAGAAACAUAUAUUGUAUAUAUAUAUAUCAUGUUUUAUCAAAUCAAAAAAACUCUUGAGCCAAGAGCCUGUUUAAGAAUUCUUGACAGAAAAGGAGGAAGCCAGACAUUCCCGAGCAUCAUUUAUCACACUAUUGUUAUCCUUAUCAGUCUUUCUGCUACAAAAUCUCACUUUUGAGCUUGAUGGAAAAGCAUUAAGUGAGAAAAAUGAGUCAUGCAUGGAAACCCCAUUAAAAAAGACAACUUCAAUAUUGUGAGAAAGUGGCAAUGAUAAAUGAUGCACAAAAUGAAAAACAGGAAAUUAAUGGACACAGGUUACACAGGUACACAUAUUGAAACCAUCUGGGAUAAUGAGGUUUUAAUCAGUUUGUUUUAGAAAUAUGGUACAAGUGUUGCCCAAUUUCAGCAAAUGAAGUAUUACACCACAUCUACAGCUUGACUGUUUAAAUGACAUCUAUAAGAGCAGAUGUAGACUGAUUGUUUCAUAUUGUCUUACAUGAAUUCCCUGUUUAUGAUAUUAUGAACCAAGCAGCCUUUAUAAACUUACGUUAAAAAAAAGCUAGGUUUUGAACAAGUAAAGAAAUAAAGUUAGAGCAACAAAAGUGCCUGGAAUGUCAAAUCACCUCUUUCAGAGAUACCUCCAUCCUUGGCAGUCAUGUUCUCCAUGUUCCUCUGUAAUAGCACAAAUCUCAUAUUCGAGGCCCAUCAACUGCAUAUUAGACAUGAGAAAUUUUCCCAAUUUCCCAGGUGUGAAUGGAUUUCCAGAGCAUUCUACGGUUUUUUUUUAUUAAUAUUGUAAUUUAUUAAAGUGCAAUAAAUGUAUGUAAACACAUCAUGUUGUUAUAUAAUUUGCAGAUGGGAAAUUGUGACAUAUGUUCCCGAAACUACUCUCUUGUGUU